ACGAGCACGAACGACUCGCCGAGGUUUAAUUCGUCGAAGCGAAGUAAUUGCAGCAACGAGAUGAAUUUAACCGCUGGGUCAACAGUGCGGUUUCUUCGGCGUGCUCGUGUUCGAUGGACCGAUCGACUUAAGACGCGGUCGGCCAGGAAGCACGUUGGAGCCCGAGAAGCUGCAGAUGAUCCAACAGUACUUGAAGUUAACGAAAAGCUCGUCGCACAAUGAUACUCUAUCAGCAGGAAUGUUUCUCUCAAACGCCACUGGCAGCAAUCAGAACGGCACUUCGGCUGCAGCAUCGACGACACCGAUGAGCAGCACCUUGAUCGCAAGCAUCCUUUUAAGCAACGACCAAACAUUUCCGCAGAGUGCCACUCCGCCAGUUUCAGAAACGGAAACGGAAACGACGAGUCCACUGAACGUCAACUCCACCCGAUAUUGCGACGACUGUUUACACGAUGAAGUGUGUGUAGCUCUCGUGGACGAAGAGGUGCCCGUUUGCAGGAUCCGUCUCGAUAUCGAGGAUCCAACUGGUUGCGCUGGCUUCUGCGUUGUCAACAAACAGAAGUGCCAUCGUCUCGACGUGGACGCUUUUAGGUGCGUAGAGAUCGAGCAUUAUUGCCUGGACGACGAGUGGACGUGCUCGAACACGUUAUGCAUCCCUCUAACCAAACGAUGCGAUGGGCACAUGAAUUGUUAUGAUCAUUCGGACGAGUACAAUUGCGUCUGCGAUCCGGAGACGCAUUUCCAGUGCGGUAACGAGACUUCCUGCCUCCCAUUGGAAAAGAGAUGCGACGGCAAGAUAGAUUGCUGGGAUGCGGCCGAUGAGAUUAAUUGCACUCUUGGUCGUAAUCUUGGUCGGUCGUGUCCGUUGGAAAACGAGUUCACUUGCAGCGAUGGUCAGUGCAUAUCGAAGGCUCGUUUCUGCGACGGUUUAUCAGACUGUGUCGAUGGAUCUGACGAGCCUCACGGAUGCCAAGGAAAGUGCAACAAGCAGGAAUUCACAUGCCAAAACAGUAGAUGCAUCGCGAAGGGGAUGAAGUGCAACGGGAUCGAUGACUGCGGUGACGGGACCGAUGAGAGGCACUGCAAAGAUCGAUUUUCUUAAUUUUAUUCUCUCGCGUUGAAUGGGUCGGUGUCGUUCACCGCGUAUACAGUAUUUUUCUUACAGAGAGACGAAUGUAAUUAAUGUAUAUAAUAUAUAAUUAUGUAUAUGUAAAACUGUGCUGUAUAGAUAUGCAGUGGUGCGUAAUAAAUCGUUACAAGCGGUAUUAUAUACUUAAUCGCAGGAUACAAUUAGGGAACGAUAUAUAUGUAUAUAUUUUUAUUGAUGCGUGUAUCAUAGUUUUCGAUUACAGAUACCGAUAUUCUUACCACGCAACGCGAGACGUUCAAACAGAAUAUUAUUUUUAGAUACUAUAAAGUGAUAUAUAAUAUAUAACCUAUGUAGUGGUAUUUCUUAUCGUAUCGUCGAACAAGAGAUCUAUUUGCGUUUGUACACACCUAAGAACUAUGUAUACUCAACUAUGUGUAUUUUUGUAUACAACUGAUUCCCUCGUAUAAAGUCCUACGUGGGUAGGCGAUGGGCGUAUAAAUCUAAGCCAAACAAGA